AUGGCUCAGUUUCCAACACCUUUUGGGGGCAACCUGGAUAUCUGGGCUAUUACUGUGGAGGAGAGAGCUAAACAUGAUCAGCAGUUCCACAGUCUGAAACCAACAGCUGGAUUUAUCACUGGUGAUCAAGCUAGGAACUUUUUUUUUCAAUCUGGGUUGCCUCAGCCUGUGUUGGCACAGAUCUGGGCUCUAGCUGACAUGAACAAUGAUGGGAGGAUGGAUCCACUGGAGUUCUCCAUAGCUAUGAAACUCAUCAAACUGAAGCUCCAGGGCUACCAACUUCCUUCAGCUCUGCCUCCUGUGAUGAAGCAGCCACCCAUUGCCCUCCCUGCUGCCCCAGGGUUUGGUCUUGGGGGCAUUGCCAGCAUGCCAUCGCUCCCAGCUGUGGCCCCAGUGCCAAUGGCAUCCAUUCCAGUGGUAGGAAUGUCUCCACCACUGGUGUCCUCUGUUCCUGCAGCGGCAGUGCCUCCCCUGGCUAACGGAGCUCCUGCUGUCAUCCAGCCUCUGCCUGCUUUCGCUCACCCCGCCACAUUGCCAAAGAGUUCUUCCUUCAGUCGCUCUGGGCCAGGGGCACAGCUCAAUGCCAAGCUGCAAAAGGCACAGUCCUUUGAUGUGGCCAGUGUCCCUCCCGUGGCAGAGUGGGCUGUGCCUCAGUCCUCACGGCUAAAGUACCGACAGUUGUUCAACAGCCACGACAAAUCCAUGAGUGGACACUUAACAGGUCCCCAAGCAAGGACAAUUCUCAUGCAGUCAAGUUUACCCCAGGCCCAGCUGGCUACAAUCUGGAACCUGUCGGACAUCGACCAGGACGGGAAGCUGACGGCCGAGGAGUUCAUCCUGGCCAUGCACCUGAUCGACGUGGCCAUGGCCGGACAGCCCCUGCCUCCCGCCCUGCCCCCGGAGUUCAUCCCACCCUCCUUCAGAAGAGUCCGUUCUGGCAGCGGCGUAUCGACUGCCAGCUCGGUGUCUGUAGACCAAAGGUUGCCAGAAGAGCCAGCACUGGAAGAGGAGCAGCAGCAACUGGAAAAGAAGCUACCAGUGACGUUUGAGGACAAGAAACGGGAGAACUUUGAGCGUGGCAACCUGGAGCUGGAGAAGCGCAGACAGGCCCUGCUGGAGCAGCAGCGCAAGGAGCAGGAGCGACUGGCCCAGCUGGAGCGAGCGGAGCAGGAGAGGAAGGAGCGGGAGAGGCAGGAGCAGGAGCGCAAGAGGCAGCUGGAGCUGGAGAAACAGCUGGAAAAACAGCGGGAGCUGGAGCGGCAGAGGGAGGAGGAAAGGAGGAAAGAGAUCGAGAGGAGAGAGGCUGCCAAACGGGAGCUGGAGCGGCAGCGGCAGCUCGAGUGGGAGCGCAACCGGCGCCAGGAGCUGCUCAACCAGAGGAACAAGGAGCAGGAGGACAUAGUUGUGCUGAAGGCAAAGAAGAAGACCCUGGAGUUUGAACUGGAGGCUCUAAAUGACAAAAGGAACCAGCUGGAGGGAAAACUGCAGGACAUCAGAUGUCGCCUGUCGAGCCAAAGGCAAGAGAUUGAAAGCACCAACAAGUCCAGGGAGCUCAGAAUUGCAGAAAUCACCCACUUGCAGCAGCAGCUACAGGAAUCUCAGCAGAUGCUGGGGAGGUUGAUCCCAGAGAAGCAGCUGCUUAAUGACCAGCUCAAGCAAGUCCAGCAGAACAGUUUGCACAGAGAUUCUCUUCUAACUAUCAAAAGAGCUUUGGAAGCCAAGGAACUGGCACGACAGCAGCUCCGGGAGCAGCUGGAUGAGGUGGAGAAAGAAACCAGGUCCAAACUGCAGGAGAUUGACAUUUUCAACAACCAGCUGAAGGAGCUGAGGGAAAUACACAACAAGCAGCAGCUGCAGAAGCAGAAGAGCUUGGAGGCAGAGAGGUUGAAACAGAAGGAGCAAGAAAGGAAGACAGUGGAGCUGGAAAAGCAAAAAGAAGCUCAGAGGAGACUCCAGGACCGGGACAAGCCGCGCCUGGACCGAGGGCAGCCUGAGGAGGAGCUGCAGUGGCAAAAAAAACUUCAGGAAGAUGAGAAGCAAAAAAGGGAAGAAAUGCCCAAGAAGAAGGAAAGUGAGGGGAAGCAGGAGAUGCAGGAGAAGCUGAAUAAGCUUUUCCAGCCCCACCAGGAUCCUAACAAGCCAGCUGUGCAAGCUCCAUGGUCCAAUGCAGAAAAAGCUCCUCUAACCAUUUCUGCUCAGGAGGAUGUGAAAAUAGUGUACUACAGAGCUCUGUAUCCUUUUGAGUCGAGAAGCCACGACGAAAUCACCAUCCAGCCUGGAGACAUCGUCAUGGUUAAAAGGGAAUGGGUGGAUGAGAGCCAGACUGGAGAGCCAGGGUGGCUUGGUGGAGAGCUGAAGGGGAAGACUGGAUGGUUCCCUGCAAACUAUGCAGAGAAGAUCCCAGAGAGUGAAGUCCCAGCUUCGGUCAAGCCUGUGGUCGAGUCCUCAGCUGCACCCAAGGUCUCCGUGCGGGAAACCACCACCCCCCUAGGAGCUCCUCCUGCCACAGAGAGUCCUGCCACGGCCAACAACUGGGCAGACUUCAGCUCCACGUGGCCAACAAACCCCAGUGAGAAGGCAGAGAGUGAUAACUGGGAUGCCUGGGCAGCUCAGCCCUCCCUGACCGUGCCCAGCGCAGGACAACUCCGGCAGCGCUCAGCUUUCACCCCUGCCACUGUCACAGGCUCCUCUCCCUCUCCUGUCCUGGGGCAGGGUGAAAAAGUGGAAGGGCUCCAAGCACAGGCUUUGUAUCCUUGGAGGGCAAAAAAAGACAACCACCUCAAUUUCAACAAAAACGAUGUCAUCACAGUUUUGGAGCAGCAAGACAUGUGGUGGUUUGGAGAGGUCCAAGGACAGAAGGGGUGGUUUCCUAAGUCCUAUGUGAAGCUUAUUUCAGGCCCCAUUAGGAAGUCAACGAGCAUGGAUUCUGGUUCCUCAGAGAGUCCUGCUAGUCUGAAGCGGGUGGCGUCGCCAGCGGCCAAGGCAGCGAUGUCAGGGGAAGAGUACGUUGCCAUGUACACUUACGAGAGCUCUGAGCAAGGAGACCUCACCUUCCAGCAGGGUGACAUGAUCCUGGUGACAAAGAAGGAUGGUGACUGGUGGACAGGAACCCUGGGAGAUAAAUCAGGAGUCUUCCCAUCCAAUUAUGUGAGGCUCAAAGAUUCUGAGGCUCCAGGAGCAGCUGGAAAAACAGGAAGCUUAGGGAAGAAACCUGAGAUCGCCCAGGUCAUCGCGCCCUACGCGGCCACGGGCCCCGAGCAGCUCACCCUCGCCCCCGGGCAGCUCAUCCUCAUCCGGAAGAAGAACCCAGGCGGCUGGUGGGAAGGAGAGCUCCAAGCCCGAGGGAAGAAGAGGCAGAUUGGAUGGUUCCCUGCCAACUAUGUCAAGCUCCUGAGCCCAGGUACCAGUAAAUCCACACCCACCGAGCUCCCCAAGUCUGCAGCAGUGCCCUCAGUGUGCCAAGUGAUUGGCAUGUAUGACUACACUGCCCAGAACGACGACGAGUUGGCCUUCAACAAGGGGCAGAUCAUAAAUGUGCUCAACAAGGAGGACCCUGACUGGUGGAAAGGGGAGGUGAAUGGCCACGUGGGGCUCUUCCCAUCCAACUACGUGAAGCUGACCACAGACAUGGAUCCCAGCCAGCAGUGAAUCAUAUGUUGUCCAUCCCCCACUCAGGCUUGAAAGUCCUCAAAGAGACC